GCUGCAGGUUUGCCACCGGCGCCAUAAAAGGAGACACAGGCAGCACUGAGGAGGAACUGAGAAUGAGUGACCGAGUUCAAACAAAGUGGCCGUGAGUUUCUGUUGGGAAAGCAUCAAGAUCUGCGGCAAACUGUGCAGGAUUGCCUUCACCUCCAAAAUCCGGGUUGCAGCCGGUGAUUGGCAGGAGGAGGAGAGUCUGACGGAGGAGCAGAGGAAUGUUGGCAGCCGUUUAGUCUGAGCUCAACAACGGAGGAAACAUGGAUUCUUCACAAAAAAAAUGUAAAGACGGCAAUGGAGUGAGAUGUCGGACCUCUGAGGAGGAUAAGGAUGGUUCGGAAACAACGGCAAAAAGAGAUGAAUCACUCAGUUGUGAGCAAUGUGGCAAGACUUUUAUCACAGCAACAAAGCUAAGAAUUCACAAAUGUAUUCACACUGUGGAGAAACCAUUCAGCUGUGAUCAGUGUGGAAAAGCUUAUACUCAGAAGAGUGCAUUAAGAAGACAUCAACUCAUUCACAGAGGAGUUAAACCAUUCAGCUGUGAUCAGUGUGGAAAAGCUUAUACUCAGAAGAGUCGCUUAAAAAGACAUCAACUCAUUCACAGUGGAGUUAAACCAUUCAGCUGUGAUCAGUGUGAGAAGGCUUUUACUCGCAAGAGUACGUUAAAAAGACAUCAACUCAUUCACAGUAGAGUUAAGCCAUUCAGCUGUGAUCAGUGUCGAAAGGCUUUUACUCGCAAGAGUCACUUAGAAAGUCAUCAACUCAUUCACAGUGGAGUUAAACCAUUCAGCUGUGAUCAGUGUCGAAAGGCUUUUGCUCAGAAGAGUGCAUUAGGAAGACAUCAACUUAUUCACCGCGGAGUUGAACCAUUCAACUGCGAUCAGUGUGGAAAGGCUUUUACUCGCAAGAGUCACUUAGAAAGUCAUCAACUCAUUCACAGUGGAGUUAAGCCAUUCAACUGUGAUCAGUGUGGAAAGGCUUUUACUCGCAAGAGUCACUUAGAAAGUCAUCAACUCAUUCACAGUGGAGUUAAGCCAUUCAGCUGUGAUCAGUGUGGAAAGGCUUUUGCUCACAAGAGUCACUUUAAAAGUCAUCAACUCAUUCACAGCGGAGUUGAACCAUUCAACUGUGAUCAGUGUGGAAGGGCUUUUACUAACGUGUGCUAUUUAAAAUCCCACCGACUCAUUCACAGUGGAGUUAAGCCAUUCAACUGUGAUCAGUGUGGAAAAGCUUUUACUCAGAAGAGGCACUUAAAAAGUCAUCAACUCAUUCACAGUGGAGUUAAACCAUUCAACUGUGAUCAGUGUGUGAAAACGUUUACUCAACAUGAACAGUUGUUGAUCCAUCAAUGCCCCCAUUCUGGUAGAAAGCGGUACCACUGUGACUCCUGUGAAAAAACUUUCAAGCACCAACAGGACUUAAAACGUCACCAACGCAUCCACACUGGAUAUGAUGUGUAUGCAUGUGAUCACUGUGGUGAACCAUUUUUACAGUACUUCCAGUUAAAAGCUCAUGAAGUGACCCACACUGGGGUUAAACCAUACCAUUGUGACCAGUGUGGGAAGCGCUACAGCUACAUUGCAAGCCUCAAAGCUCACCAACGUGUCCACACUGGGGAGAGACCAUACAGAUGUGACGAGUGUAAGAAGACUUUUACAACUUUGGGUUCCCUGAAACAACACCAGCAGAUCCACACCAGAAAGAAAGCAUUCAAUCAGUGUCACAGUGAGGGUUGCAGGGGGUGCUGGAGUCUAUCCCAGCUGACUCUGGUGAAGGCAGGGGACACCCUGGACAGGUCACCAGUCUGUCACAGGGCUACAUAUACAGACACACAAUCACACUCAUUCACACCUACGGGCAAUUUAGAGUAACCAAUUAAUCUCGGCAUAUUUUUGGACUGUAGGAGGAAGCCGGAGUACCCGGAGAAAACCCACGCAUACACAGGGAGAACAUGCAAACUCCAUGCAGAAAGAUCCCAGGCCUACCCUGGGAUUCGAACCGGGGAUCCUCUUGCUGCAAGGCGAAAGUGCUAACCACUACUCCGCUGUGCAGCCCAGACACAAUUAUGUAGUGGAUAAUUUUGGAUAUUGUUUCAAAACCUUUCUGAACAACUGUGGUCAGUUGCAUUCCGUUAACACAUUAUCAGCUAUCGUUCAGUCUAACCUGUAUUCGUUUUGACACAGAAAUCUGGUCCAGGUUAAUUUGGGGAUGUAGGUUAGAAUUCUGAUGUAAUCAGACAACUGAAUGUUAAAUUCCAAGAGGUAAAAGUGUCUUCAGAUGUCAUUUGGGGUGCUCUCUAUCUCAGGCAAGGCAUCAGUUCUUCAAUGCUGCAGGAAACACUGACGUUCUCUGUGUUUGUUU